AUGUCAAAGACAACAGCAGCCAUGGUGCUGUCGUUCAUCGCCGUGGCGCACGCUGGGAACCAAGGCUGGUCCGGACACGGUGGAGGAGGAUAUGGUGGCGGCGGAGGGGACGUCAAAGAAGGUCUACUUCUCAAACCCGUCACGGAGCAAGUCGGUCCAGCAACGCUAACGACAAUCAAAAAAUUCAUCGCCCAUGUCGACACCUCAGUCGUCCCGAUCAAGUUCGAGCACAUCCGAAUCCCUAACAGCUUCGGAGGCGGGGGAGGAGGCGGAGGAGGCGGUGGAUUCGGUGGAGGCCACGGAGGAGGAGGCGGGGGCCAGAAAUUCAAAGUCAUCGAGCUCGCAGGAGGCGGUGGCGGACAUGGGGGCGGAGGCUGGAACUUCGGCGGCGGCGGUGGUGGUGGAGGAGGAUGGAAAAUGGGUGGAUUCGGUGGAGGUGGAGGCGGCGGAGGAUGGCAGUCUGGAGGAGGAGGUGGUGGAUGGCAGUCCGGAGGAGGAGGAGGUGGCUGGCAGUCCGGAGGAGGAGGAGGUGGCUGGCAGUCCGGAGGAGGCAGGAGUGGUGGCUGGCCCUCCGGUGGCGGAGGAGGCGGCGGCGGAGGCUGGAAAAUGGGCGGAGGAUGGAUGAGCGGUGGUGGUUUCGGAGGUGGUUUCGGUGGGGGCUUCCCUAUGCUUAUGGAUGUGCCGGUGCAGGUGCACAGAAACCAGUUCAAAAACCAGCCGCAAGUAAAGAAAGUCUUCAAGGCGAUUCCCGUCCAGGUCAAGGCCAUUGACGGAGGCCACGGUGGCGGUGGCGGCGGCGGCCACGGUGGAGGCGGCUGGCAGUGA